CUCCAGCACAGUCACUUAAGGAAAUAGUCACGAGGAGAUGAGGCUUGCCACUUUUAUUUGUUUCACCUGGUUGGUGUGUGCAGCCGUCGCAAGCCCCCUGCCUGAGGUCACUCGCGAGUUUAAUGAUGCGAAUUACCGGGCUGAAUUGAACAAGGUCAGGAUGCUAAGCAUUGGCAAGCCAGAUUCGAAAGUCGGAUACAAGUUGCGAAGAUGGAAUCCAAACUCAGGCGUGAAUCCCGAGGAGCUUGGCUCGUACCUUGAAGGUGAUAUGCUGGUGCCACCAAGCACGCAGGGCAGGAACGGUCUGAUCAACACGUAUUACCGCUGGCCGAACGCCGAAGUAUUCUACAAGUUCAACGGAACAUUCAACGAGAACCAGACGGCUCUGAUCUACAAGGCGUUCGACGCGUACCACGCGAAGACGUGCAUCAGGUUCAAGCCGUACAACGGCUCCCAGAGCAGUUACGUUGUCAUCAACAGCGAGAACACGGGGUGCUGGGCGACGGUCGGAAGAUACGGUGGAAUGCAGUACGUCAAUCUGCAGAUUCCAGGAUGCGUCACAAUCGUAGGAACCGUCAUUCACGAGUUCAUGCACACCAUCGGCUUUUACCAUGAACACGCGCGAACAGACAGAGAUCAGUGGAUCAAAAUCCUGUGGGAAAAUGUUGAUCCAGGUUCAGUGAAGAGCUUCGACAUCAGAAACUCGACGUCAGCGUUCGGUGUCGCCUAUGACUACGGAAGCGUCAUGCACUACUCGGCCAAGAGUUUCUCUUCCAAUGGACAGCCAACGAUAGAAACGAUUCAGCCACCUGGAGCUUUGAUCGGGCAAAGAAGUGCUUUGAGCGAUAAUGACGUCCAGAAAAUUAAUAUUAUGUAUAAAUGUGUUGUCUGAAUUGUUGAUUUUACUUAUACUUUGAUUAAUAAAUAUUAAUUAGAUUUAAACGUUUAA